UCACGAAACUCUAUGGUUCAUCCUGCCAAGACACAGAUAUACCGAAACCAGUGUAGAAGCAUGGCAGAAAACGGGAUAUAGAGGUGAUUGUUCGCAGUGUGCUCUCUAUCUCUGUUAUAUAUAUGCUCAAAAGACGCAUCACUUUGUUGUUGCCGAGUGGUCACGGUGCCUCUCUGCAUUGCCAGUUUAUGUUGGAGCAUUCGCUUGGGCUCAUGUCAAUACCAAGAUCGCACUUUUAUGUCUUUGAAUCCCAAAAUCGGCCUACAAUUCUGGAACACAGUCAGGUAUGCGUGGCUAAGAUCACCAAGUAUCAAAAGCUCCUUACGAGUGCUGCGUCCAUCUACACUUCCAUUAUCUCUUGGUAUACGGGGUAACCCUGGUCAAGAACCAUAAGCAUCAGAUUACCAAACUGAUCGAGCAGACAGAGCACCAUACAUCCACAUUCAUCCCGAGUCUUGGAAAGAUCUGACACCAA